GUGUAGUAUACUGGCGUGAGAAGUCUCACUGAGGCGUGGAUCGGCAAUCACAACGUUCCGCGCAGCGACACAUAACAAGAAUUCGUUUACAGUCGAUACAAAUCAAGUGAUUGUUUAUACUUCAAAAGCAAGGACAAUGGAUCCAAAUGAGUUCAAGGACUUUUCCAAGGAUAUGACAAGUUUCAUUGUAAAUUACUUGGAAAACAUCAGAGAAAGGAGAGUCUUGCCAACCGUCGAGCCGGGAUACAUGAAACCAUUGCUUCCCGAAGAGGCUCCACAAAAAGCCGAAGAUUGGCAAAAUAUAAUGAACGAUCUGGAAAGAGUUAUCAUGCCUGGUGUCACGCAUUGGCACAGUCCAAAAUUUCACGCGUACUUUCCAACGGCGCAAUCGUAUCCCGCGAUUGUAGCUGAUAUGCUUAGCGGUGCUAUUGCUUGCAUAGGCUUUACUUGGAUUGCGAGUCCUGCUUGCACCGAACUCGAGGUGAUAAUGCUCGAUUGGCUAGGCAAAAUGAUUGACUUGCCAAAACCGUUCUUGGCUUGCAGCGGCGGAAAAGGAGGAGGUGUUAUACAGGGAACUGCGAGCGAAGCUACUUUGGUCGCUCUUCUGGGGGCGAAAGUGAAAAAAAUUAAGCAAGUAAAAGAGCAACAUCCAGACUGGUCAGACAGUGAUAUUGUUGGAAAAUUAGUGGCCUAUGGUUCAGCUCAAGCUCAUAGUUCGGUAGAACGUGCAGGACUCUUAGGAGGUGUCAAGCAUAGGUUGCUAGAAACUGAUUCUAAGCAUCAACUUCGAGGAGAAACAUUAGCCGAAGCUAUUCAAGCUGAUAAGGAGAACGGGCUAAUUCCAUUUUACGUUGUUGGUACUUUGGGAACAACAUCGUCUUGCACAUUCGACCGUAUAGAUGAGCUAGGACCAAUUUGCAAUAGCGAAGAGAUCUGGUUGCAUGUCGAUGCUGCUUAUGCCGGUUCGGCUUUCAUAUGUCCGGAAUUCCGUUAUCUCAUGAGAGGAGUAGAAAGAGCUGAUUCGUUCAAUUUCAACCCGCAUAAGUGGAUGCUGGUGAAUUUCGAUUGUUCGCCCCUUUGGUUAAAAGAUCCUACUUACGUGAUUAAUGCUUUCAACGUUGAUCCUCUUUAUCUCAAACAUGAUAUGCAAGGAUCUGCGCCAGACUACAGACACUGGCAAAUUCCUUUGGGAAGAAGAUUCAGAGCAUUAAAAUUGUGGUUCGUCCUGCGUCUAUAUGGAGUAGAAAAUUUACAAAAAUAUAUUAGAAAUCAUGUCGCUCAAGCUCACGAAUUUGAAUCGUUAGUAUUGGCCGAUCCACGAUUCGAGAUCGUCGAAGAAGUCGUUCUGGGAUUAGUAUGUUUCAGAUUAAAGGGUUCAAAUGAAUUAAAUGAACUAUUACUGAAACGUAUUAAUGGAGCAGGUAACAUUCAUCUAGUUCCGUCCAAGAUUAAUGACUGUUACUUUUUACGUUUAGCUAUUUGCUCUCGCUUUUCUGAGAGCAAAGAUAUUCAGUAUUCGUGGCAAGAAAUCAAAACUAGAGCCGAUGAAGUAUUAAAAGAAAACUCGGCUUAGAACUGAUCACGCUGCGUACCUACUCUAUAAUUUUUUGUUAGUUAAUUAAAAGUUUAUUCAAAUUUGCAUUUUUAUUGUCUUGGUAACGGUUCAAUCAACGAUUUCUAGUUGAAAUAAGUAAUUAAAUCGAUAAAAGAGUUUAAUUCGUGAAAGUCAACGACCGAAGCAAGACUUGAAUUUGACAAUAAUAAAGAAAGUAUUUUGAUUAAAUUAUAAGGUAUAAUUGACAAUAAUUAAUGGGACCAAUUAUAAAUUCAUUCAUGAAUUGUUGAUGAAUUGAUAAAAAUGAAUCUAGUGGACCAAAAAAAUGAAAACA